CUUUCUUCUCCUCCUCUACACUAUCCAGCCUUUCCACUUCUGCUGCAGCUCGUCUUACGCGCGAUUUCUUACAUCAGAUGUCUCAUCCUCCAGAACAGGAUGUGCGCUCAGGCAGUGCAGUCACACGCUGAUCCAUCAUCGCCUUGUUUGCUCGGCUGCUGCUGGAGGUUCACCUAGGCUCUGACCCGCGCAUGCCCACAGCCUCGCUCCUCCUCUCCGAGAGAUCCCCAUAGUAACGCGCGGAGGAGAGCAGCUUAGCAACACGGAGACUGGAGAGGGAGCUUCUCUGCUCCAGACAGCGCGGUGCCGUCAACAUUAGGUACACACAGAGGGUGGUGAGGAAACAACAGCAGCAGAGCCCCGGAUCUACCCGCUCCUACAGCUCGUGUGUGUGUCACCUUGUGUCUGAACUCCUGAUCUACAUCACUGCUCUUCACGGUCACCAUGAAGUUCGCAGUGGUGCUCGUGGGAGCGGGCACUCUGGCCUUCCUCGGCGCGGUCAUCUGCAUCAUUGCCAGCGUUUAUCCGCGCAAACGCGCCGCUCUCGUCAGCGAUAACGGAACCCUGACGUCGGAGUCGCUGCUCCAGCCUCUGGAGCCGGGGUCGGUGGCUCACGCCGGGCCGCUGGGCGCUCUGCACGGCGCGGAGUCCUACGAUGGUGGAAACGGACUCGGCGGCAUCGGCGUGGAGGUUCCCACUCUGAACGAGCUCAACCUUGGGGAGGAGACGGGUGGAGGGCCGGCGAAGCAGUUCAGCUUCAGCCGACUCAUCUGCACUCCUGUGCCGGUGGGAGAGUGCAAGACCAAAGACCUGAGGCAGCGGAGGGACCAGCAGCAGCAGCAGGCGGACGAUCCGCUCUACGGCACAGGGGAUGAAGACCUGCGGACCACCGCGGAGGAACUCCGGCAGAUGGUCCUGCAGCAGAACGACCAGAUCCUCAUGGACCAGAGGACCAUCCGGGAGCUGACCGGGAAGCUCAGCGAGUGCGAGAGCGGCCUGGAGGACGAGCGGAGCAUCCCGGAGCGCAGCAUCGGGGUCUGGAGCGGGAACCGCCGCGUCAUGGCCGGGGAUGAUGUGACCUCAUCCGCCGCGGCACAGCUGCAGACAGCGCGGGCCGUGGAGGAGCUGGCCCGGGCCAUCAUGGAGCUGAAGGAUCGCAUUGAGAAACUGGAGGCAGAGAUAGGCCCUGCUGCUUUGAACCUCACAGACACAUCUGUGGGCGUAAGUAGUGGCGGCAGCAGCGGCGGCAGCAGCAGCACAGCUGGUAACACCGGCAAGGCUCCAGCUCCGCCUUCCAGCAGUACUUCCUCCCCAUCUGCAGGGUCUGCCCCAGGGGGCCGCCGUCCUGCUUCCCCUGGCUCCUCUGCCUCCAGGCCUCCUGCUAAGGGUCCCCCUGGGCGUGGAAAGAGCACCUGGAGGGUGGAGGACCUGGAAGGGGAGCUGGAAAGGAAGAUAAAGAUGCUAGAGAAGGAGAGACAGGCCAUGAGGAAGGAGACUCAGGGCCAGCAUGAGAAGAUCAACAAGGGCAUCGACAACGUCAGCCACCGUGUCACCGAGCUGGAACACACGAUGACGGAGCCACCGUUCCCUGACGGCUUUGUCAUCUCCUUCCCCAUGCGGACCAACUACAUGUACGGCCUGGUCAGGAAAGAGAUUACUGAGAUGUAUGCCUUCACUGCCUGCCUAUGGCUCAAAGCCAAAGAGGGUGGCAUUGGGACCCCCUUCUCCUACUCUGUGCCGGGGCAGCCCAAUGAGCUGGUUCUGUUACAGGGAGUCCACAAUCCCGUGGAGCUGCUUAUCAACGACAAGGUGGCGCAGCUGCCCCUGUCCCUGCCACAGGAUGAGUGGCAGCACAUCUGUGUCAGCUGGACUCUCAGAGAUGGGGUUUGGAAGGCCUACCAGGGUGGGAAGAUGAAGGGACGAGGGGAGGGACUGGCGGCCUGGCACCCAAUCAAACCCGGGGGAGUCCUCAUUCUGGGACAGGAGCAGGACACACUGGGUGGGCGUUUUGAUGCCUCCCAGGCCCUGGUCGGGGAGCUCUCUCAGUUUAACUUGUGGGACCGGGUGUUGAAGCCAGCCGAGGUGGCCGCCGUGGCCGACUGCAGCUCCUCGGCCCUGGGCAACAUUGCGCCCUGGACCGACCACGACGUAGAUGUCUACGGCGGCGCCACCAAGGAGUCCCUGGACCCGUGCCACGCCGCCCAGAGAUCCAACCCCUCCGGCCCCAAACAGUGAAGAAUGACUGGGAGAGGGCAACCAUGCUUGAGAGGUCAAUUUAGGAGUGAAUUGAAGAGUCUAAAGAGUUUUUAUCCAAGUUGGAGCAUCCAGUAUAAUUUGCUUGUUGGGGGUUGGUAAGCUUACUACCAGUGGACUAUUAAAUUGUCAAGCGUGGUG